CUGGCUUGCCUUUUGCAAUUCUCAGUUCACGGCGUAUCCCCUUCCAGAGAGGAGUUUUCUGUAGUGAUGAAUCCAUCCGGUAUCCAUACAAAGAGGACACCAUUUCCUAUAAGUUGUUAGCAGGAAUAAUUAUUCCUUUCAGUAUUAUUGUUAUAAUCCUAGGAGAGACUCUCUCGGUCUUUUAUAAUAAUUUGCACUCAAAUUCGUUUGUCAGAAAUAACUACAUAGCCACUAUUUACAAAGCCAUUGGGACCUUCAUAUUUGGAGCAGCUGCUAGCCAGUCGUUGACAGACAUUGCCAAGUACUCCAUAGGUAGACUGCGUCCUCACUUCAUUGCUGUGUGCCAGCCCGACUGGACACGGAUCAACUGCAGUCUAGGUUACAUUGAGAACUUCUCUUGUCAUGGAGACAAAGCAAAAAUCAACGAGGGAAGGCUAUCGUUUUACUCUGGCCAUUCUUCAUUCUCCAUGUACUGCAUGCUCUUCCUAGCACUUUACCUUCAGGCCAGAAUGAAAGGAGACUGGGCAAGACUUGUACGUCCUACUAUACAAUUUGGUCUCAUUUCUGCAUCUAUCUACGUGGGUCUCUCACGUGUGUCUGACUACAAGCAUCACUGGAGUGAUGUUUUAACAGGACUCAUCCAGGGAGCAGUGGUAGCUGUGCUCAUUGUUAUGUAUGUGUCUGACUUCUUCAAAGUGAGGGGAUGUACAUUUCAACCCAAAGAAGAUUCCCAUACAACCCUGCAUGAGACUCCAACAAAUGGAAAUCACUUCGGCAGCAAUCAUCAGCCAUGAAAAAUGAAUGACCCACCUCACCUGUCUUGCUCUGAAAGAAAACAAUUUCACAAGUCUAACUAUGUAAAUGCCUUUAAGGGACUGCUGCUGCUCUUGGAUGCUCACUUUACCUGUAUAUAGUAACAUCUACCACAGUUAUUGUAUAUCUACACUUUACAUUUCUGUUGGUUCAAGCUUUUGCUUAAAAGAAAAAAGCUAUUCAAAUUGUAAAUUUUUAUUGAAAUCCAGUAACAAGUUAUAUUACAUACACUGCUGUUUGUACAUGCCUUGUUGAAACAACUGUGGUUUAAGUACACACCAUUAAAGGAAAUUACUUGAGAGA